GGCGGCGCCCGACUAAUUAGGCACCUUGAUGCUUCACUGUUUUGUAGGCUGUACAUGUACAGAGACACCGCAAGUCGCCAGAAGUGCAUUCCCACCGCCUCCCUAUACUGCUGAAAAGAUUUCAAGAUGGAUCUAGACUAGUAUUUAGAUUUUUUUGACACUUUUUCAAUUUUUGUUUAACAGGAUUAUGACCUAUAUGAGCAGAGGAGGUCAGAGCACCAUUUCUCUUUAGCGUUCUCUAGCUCUUACUUGCACUGAUAAGCUUUUACAUUCUCACCUUUGACCUCAAAGGAAUUCUAUAAAGGUUUAUAAUUAUCACAUGACUGAAGGCGUCAUGAUGAUGCGUGUCCAACCUCCUCUCUCCUCAGUGUUGUUAAGGAUGGCUCAAUUAAUUAAUGGUGGAUUUCUUGUAUAUGUGAUUAUAUCUUUUGGAUGGUUACAUAUGAACUGAUGAAUAUGGGGUGCCGUUUGUGUCAAAAUGCUAAUUUUAUCCACUUAUGCAGAAGUACACUGACUUAUACACAAGUGCACCGACUUAUACACAAGUGCACCGACUUAUGCACAAGUGCACUGACUUAUACACAAGUACACUGACUUAUACACAAAUGCACUGACUUAUACUGACUUGUAUAUACAAGUACUUUCACUUAUGCACAAGUAUGCUGACUUAUACACAAGUGCUUGUGCACAAGUAUGCUGACUUAUACACAAGUAUGCUGACUUAUACACAAGUAUGCUGACUUAUACACAAGUGUACUAACUUAUGCACAAGUAUGCUGACUUAUGCACAAGUAUAUAUGCUGACUUAUGCACAAGUAUGCUGACUUAUACACAAGUAUGCUGACUUAUGCACAAGUAUGCUGACUUAUACACAUGCACAAGUACACUGACUUAUACACAAGUACACUGACUUAUGCACAAGUACACUGACUUAUACACAAGUACACUGACUUAUACCUAUUAGUAUGCUGACUUAUGCACAAGUAUAUGCUGAAUUAUUUAACCUUUAACCUUUAACCCCUUAAUUUGCACAUGGUUAAGGUUGUUCUAGCUAGCUAGACUCUGAAUAACUACCGUACUUAUUCGAUUUACUUUUAAAUAAUUACGAAGCCAGAGGUCGUUUCUUUUGGAGGGUGAAAAAUUAUGUUGAAGUCCUGGUGUCGCAUAUUUAGAGGGUCGCAUCUAAUUGGAGGUUAUUCUACUGUCCUCGAUUAUAGGCCGCUUAAAUUACAUUGUUUCUUGCGAUUGUUUCUUGCGGCCUGGAAUCGAGGCUGCGGUUUGACCUCUAUUUAGGACGCGACAUAAAAAAAUAAUUGUGAAUGCUGCAGUCGCUAUUUUUAGAGGUCAGAAAAUUGGAAAAGAUCGAGGGUGUCGCAUAUUUGGAGGGUCGCUUUAAGUACGGUAGACUAGACUCGAUCGACUAGAGACAUCAUGGCAGAAUCUUCAGCGGUUAAUGUGCAAGUAUUGUCAAACGCUUUAAGCCUGUUUACUAAUGCAAUUCAAGCUGCUACAACUCCUAACAGAGCUUCUGCAGAGUCAAGGCAGACAAUUGGUGGUCCGCAUGUAAUUGUUAAUACUUCUCCUGCUACUUCUGUGUAAGUGUGACUAAUACUUUGGCACAAAAUGUUACUUGUUAAGUGUUUAACCCAUGUAGUCUAUUUACCGUAAUUGUAAGUGAAGAUGUGCAUUAAUUAAAUUAUUUUUUCUUGACAGAAAUGCGAAGCACUUAUUACCUUCAUAUUUGAAGAGAAAAGGUACCAUUGGAGCAAAAGGAAAGAAGGCUAAGAAGGCUAAGGCUGUGAGCUCCUGGGAUCGUGAUAUUGUGUGCUUGCCCAAACAAACUAAAGGUGGUGAAAUACUGAAUGUUAUCCCGUACCCUCGUAAUCGAUAUCGUGCUGAGCCCGGAGCAGGGGGAUUAAUUGGAAAAGUGCAUAUCACUUCAGAAAUGACUGUGGAAGAUGUACAAAAAGAGGUUCGAUCCGUGUUCAAAGAACCAAUGAAAUUUAUUUACCUGCAACCAACUGGAGGAGGCAAUAGAUCCCUUACGGUUCCUGUGUUGUCAACCUCUUAUGAAUGGACGCCUCAGCAAGUGGCCAAGUUAUCGAAUGCCAAGGGUUCCUGGCAAUUGAUGACUUAGAUUGAUGACUUAGAUCUCCCUGACUUCGAUCUCCCUGAUGUUGAUGCCUCAUGUGAUUAGAGAAAAAAAGCAAAAAAUGUUCAAAACAAAUGACAAUGAAGGGGUACCUUCUAAACCCUUACCUAAACGUGAGUACAUGGAUCACGUCCGCUUGUAAUUACUAGGCUUGCAUGACAGCUUCUCAUACAGGAUCUACACAUAUUGACAGUCAGUGUGAGCGGAAAUCUUCUGGGGAGUGUAGUUACAGGAAUUAUCUCGACAUUAUCGACCUAACUGGAGAUGGAAAUGAGCAUGUUGCUGACUCUGAUAGCGAUAUGGAUUACAUGCUACUACCCCAAAUCUGUGCCUAGUAACAUCAACAGAAAAAUUUCUGACUAUGUCGAAAUAAAGCAUAUUUUAAUACAACAUCAACGUAAAGUAAUUGUGGCGGAAGAUGAAGAAGAUUUUCAGCGGAUAAACAUUCGUAGACGUCAUGUAUUUAGUUAUACGUUGCGUGCCUUCUCAAAACCCUCGUUCAAUGUUGGAAAACUUUUAAAGGUCAAGUUUAUUGGAGAAGUUGCUACAGUUGAUGAUGGUGGCCCUCGACGAGAAUUUUUCUCUUUGCUGAUGAAAGAUAUUUUUUUGGAGUCCGGUCUUUUUUCGGGGUGGCCAUCCAAUGUUGUUGUACUCCACAAUAUUCAAGCUCUCUCAAAAAAUCAUUAUUACUGUGUUGGAAAAAUGCUGUCCGUAUGUAUCAUUCAAGGUGGCCUAUCACCUUCAUGCUUCUGUGUUGCAAUUGCCGAUUUCUUGGUACACGGAAGUGUGCGUGUGCCUGCUGCAAUCAAUGACAUCCCUGAUCAUGAUGUUCAACAAUUGCUGUUUAAGGUUCAGGAAGCAGCAACGAAUGAGGAUCUGAAGGUAUUGCUUUCUCGUCCAGAUUACCAAUUUAUCUAUGAUUGUGGAUAUUCUAAACCUGCCGAUUCGCAUACUAUGAAAGACCGUGAUGACCUAAUCCGAUCUGUCUGGCUUUACUAUAUCUUCUUUCAUCCCCAUGCUGCUCUUGAGCAGCUGAGAGUUGGUUUUUAAUGACACACUUCAGAUGGAAUUGGUCACUACCUGUUAUGCUGAGAAAGUUCAUAGUAUUCUGGUUACAUCAGAUGCAUUCAACCCGACUGAAACAGACCUAAUUGAUGACGUGGUCAUUAAGUAUUCCGCUAGUGGCAGCAAUGACAGAAGGAAAGAGGAAGACAUCAUUCUUUUCUGGACUGAAUUUAUCACGUCUUGUGGAAUUGAAGAGUCCAACAUUUCUUUGUCUGAAGUUCUACAGUUCAUCACUGGAUCCCAGAAGAUUCCGGCUACAGGAUUACUAUUGAUUUCACCUCAAUUGAUCAGCUACCAGUUGCUCGCACUUGUACCUGUUGUCUAAUAGUAUCGAGAUCCUGGGCAGUUAUGGCUCCAGAAGAUUUUUGUAAGAAGAUGGAAAUGUGUAUGUUAAACUCUAGUGGCUUUCAGAACAUAUAACUUGAUUACCAUUAGUUUUGUGUGCAUGCAAUUGAGAUACAAAUGUGUUAAAUGACGUCAUUAAACUACCACACAAAAUUAUUCACAAAUUGUGCAACCUUGUUGGAGAUGAGUUCCAAUUGUCCUAACUACAGAUUUGUAUAUAUCUUUGCCAAAAUCACUUGAAUC